AAGCAAGGCUUUCAAACAUCAAAUCUGCAUAUCAACUGACGACGAUUUACCUCACCAGGUGAGACUGAUAAAACCCCAAGUUUGCCGUGUCCGACCGCGUAUCCAGGCUGUCGCGUCGCCAUAUUUGGCUCUGGCAACCGUACAUAUCAACCCAGCAACCGUCGUCGAAAUGCCGCCAGCGCAGGCGAAACAUCCUGUAUCUUGGCACGAAGACUGUCACGAAGACUGUCCGUGACCAUGGAUAUACCCUCUUACCUCUCUGGCCUUUCCCAUGGCCUCGCUGUUCUACCAUUUCCUUUUAAUUUCAGACUCUUUUCUCUCUGUGCCCCAUUGCGUUCUUUAUUCAUUUUACAGAGCUUCGCUGGUCGACUCCCUCUUCUUUCUCUCCCCUUUUUUCCUCUUCGAAAAUCUCUUUCGGCAACCCCAUCCAGCCGGAUCGAUGAAGGUGCUGGACAUCUUGUACUCCAUAUCGCUCCUCUCCGCCCUCUCUACUCUUUCUUUCGCAGCCCCUCUCCCCGCAUCUCCCACCCUCGCCGAAUCUACCUCCAUCUCCCACCUCGCCUCCGAUGCAUCUCCCCGGGCACUCCCGGACGGGGUCAAGCUCGUUUCUCUCGCCACCCUUCAGACGAUGGAGAGACGCAUGGUCUUCACGGGGCAUGCAGCCGGUGACGGUAACGGGCACGUCAAGCGAGAAUCUCAUCCUGUCGGACGCUCCGAUGCUGCAGGCCACGUCAGUAGCGAGGGACAGAUUCAGUACUUGGCCAAGCGAAAGAAGAAGAAGACGAAGACUGUUUUCAAGACGACCACAACCGUCGCAGCGGCAGCCGCCACAGAAGCAGCCAGCGAGGGAUUAAAGCUGGCGAUGGUUUUCGAGUCCAUCACCAGUCAAAAGACGUCGGCUGGUACUAUUACUGAAAAGUGUCUGACUCCCCUCAACGAUCCCUCGCAACAAUUCUGUCAGACUCUUCUCGACGGCCAGUCGCUGGGCGGUGGUGAUGCUGGCCUCACCGGAUCCACCGGGUCUUCCUAUUCUUCUUCGUCGUCUGCUGUUUCUUCAAGCAGCUCAAGUUCGGUCGCUUCUUCAUCUUCAGUCGCUUCUUCAUCUUCAGUCGCUUCUUCAUCUUCAGUCGCUUCUUCAUCUUCAGUCGCUGCGGUCUCUUCGUCAAGCUCGACCACGGCGUCUGUUGCGUCUUCUAGCGCGGCCGUCUCAUCCUCUUCCGCGGUAGGAUCUGCUGACAUUGCUUCAUCGACCGAAGCCGCCCCUGCUAGUAUAAGUUCAAGCAGCUCUGCCUCUAUCAGCUCUGAUUCUGCUUCUGUGACAGAAUUAAGUACGCACUCUGUGUCUGUCGCCGCUGCGUCCGACGGGCUCAGUACAAGCUCUGUCUCUUCUGCUGCCCUUGCUGCUGCGUGAGUCUUUCUCUCGAGGUCUCGGGGAGCUGAACUGACUUUUGGGGUAGAAGCGGUGCUGAUCAAGUCACUGCUAUUGGUGCAGUCAGCACUACCGACGUCCCCGGUCAAAACCUUCAAGUCCUCCCCAUCGGUCUCGGUGUCUUUGGAGGUCUCGCUGCAAUUGCCCUCAUCGUCGUCGGCUACGUAACUUGGCAGCGACGCAAGUUCAAACAACAAUUCAGGAGCAGAAAGCUCGCGGAGAAGGCGGCGCCUCCGGGUAUGGCUUAGGGCAAAGAAAGUAUGAAUGGGUGUAUAAAACAUUUGUUCAUGUAUGAUUGUAUGUUGUCGA